UAUCCAUUGUAACAAAUGGAAUCAAAACCAAACUUAUUUCCAACCUACAGUGGAGAGUCUGGCGCCGGCAAGACUGAGAACACGAAGAAGGUGCUGUCCUACUUCGCCAACGUCGGCGCCACCACUAAGAAGAAGGAAGACGAGAAAAAGCCGAACUUGGAGGACCAGAUCGUGCAGACCAAUCCUCCUCUUGAAGCUUACGGCAACGCCAAGACCACCCGUAACGACAACUCCUCUCGUUUCGGUAAGUUUAUCCGUAUCCACUUCGCCCCCAAUGGCAAGCUGUCCGGAGCUGACAUCGAGGUGUACCUGCUGGAGAAGGCUCGCGUCAUCUCGCAGUCGCCGGCAGAGCGAGGCUACCACAUCUCCUACCAAAUGAUGUCCGAUCAAGUUCCUUACCUUAAAAAAAUAUGUCGUCUCAGUGACGAUAUCUACGACUACAACUACGUAUCACAAGGCAAGGUCACUGUGCCUUCUAUCGACGACAAAGAAGACAUGGAAUUCACUCAUACCGCUUUCACAAUUCUGAACUUUGCUGACCAAGAACGCGAUGACGCCUACAGGCUCACUGCUUCCGUCAUGCACAUGGGCAACCUCAAGUUCAAGCAGAGGGGCCGAGAGGAGCAGGCUGAACCCGACGGUACCGAGGCUGGUGAUAUUCUUGGUGAGAUUCUGGGCGUUGACAGUGCUGAGCUAUACAAGAACCUGUGCAAGCCCAAGAUCAAGGUCGGCGCUGAGUUCGUCACCCAGGGAAGAAACGUUAACCAAGUUAACUACUCCGUUGGUGCUCUGGCAAAGGCCCUGUACGACCGUCUCUUCAAAUGGAUCGUGAAGAAGUGUAACGAGACCCUCGAGACUGGCAUGAAGCGUGCCAUGUUCAUUGGUGUGCUCGAUAUUGCCGGAUUCGAGAUCUUCGACUUCAACGGCUUCGAGCAGAUCUGCAUCAACUUCUGUAACGAGAAGUUGCAGCAGUUCUUCAACCACCACAUGUUCGUGCUUGAGCAAGAGGAGUACAAGGCCGAGGGCAUUGACUGGGUCUUUGUCGACUUCGGUAUGGAUCUGCAGGCUUGCAUUGAUCUCUUUGAGAAG